GGUGGAGCGAAAGCUCGGCUCUCCGUGGAAUGAGUUUGACACGUGAUCUAAACUGCUGUAAAAUACAUUUUCCAUAAGCAAAAAUGUUGAAUUUUCAGCUGUUUGAAGCUGGUAUAGCCUACAAAACUGAAAGUAAAAGACUCAAAAACUAACCUUUAAACCGGGAGCCACAGCCCACCUAAAACUGUUCUACCGCUUCUUAGUAGGAAAAAUAAUGCACUCACUACUGUAAGUCUUUGUGAUAUGACUAACAUGUAAAACAUCUUAGACUUGCUUUCAAUGGGAAUGACAGUAACAAGUUAAAUAUUGCAGCUUUAAGCGAAAAAGAACAUUGUGUGCACUACAUUCUCACGCACGGACUUUUAGAUUUUAGAAUAUUCGCAUGAAAAUCUGUAUCCAAUUGGGUGUAAACCUACCGACUGGUGGGAAAAUGUGCAUAUGUUCUUUAUGCAGAUUUUAGAAAAUUCAUAUUAAAAUCUGUCGCCAAAUUGUCUGGAAACCUAGCUAAUGACAUUCUUAAAGACGCUCGUCUCACAUUGGUGAAGGCAGAUCAAGGCUGAGAAUGUACCAUUUGAUUUCAUUUGAUCUUUUUGAAGUGUGCUUAACCUUUCUCAAAGAAAAAGAAAAACCGUAGGUAAACACUACGAGGCCACACCUAUCCUUUAUCAGUAUGCUAUAAUUCUGUUGCCAAUCUGCAGAGGUCAAAACACCAGCACCUGUGUGAAACUCCUUAGUCCAGAGCUGUAUGUUGUUGAAUGUUUUCCUCCUUUAACGUGACCAUGAGGACCACUGAGAAAGCUUUGUUUUGCCACCUUUACAUGUUACUGCUUUUUGUAGGUUUUUGCCAAGGAAAGGACCUCUUCUUCAAUGACAAAGGACUCCUACUCCCAGAAGCCUACAAGAUUGGCUGGAUGGAGGCCAUUGAUGACGACAAAUUAAUCUCUGACAUCACCAUACCUGGUACCCAUGACACCAUGGCUCUCUAUGGAGGCCCAGCGGCAGAGUGUCAGGCCUGGGAGUUGGGGGAUCAGCUGAGGGCCGGCAUACGCUAUCUGGACCUCAGGAUAUUCGCCUUUGAAAACAAACUCUAUGUCAUGCACGGGGUUGUCUACCAACACAAGUCGUUCUAUGAGGUCCUUGACACGAUCAGAGCAUUUUUGUCCAAAUUCAGAAGUGAGGCGGUUCUCAUUAGAGUAAAGCCUGAUUUGUUUGAUAAAGAGAAUGUUGAGGAGCUGGUUGGAAAAAUGAUUAUUGAUGAUACAGAUGUAUGGGUGAAGUCUGACAUGCCAACUAUGGCUGAGGCAAGAGGAAAGAUGAUAUUUGUACAGAAAUCCAGCUUUAAGCUGGGCAUUCCUCUCUUGGAAACAGACAGCAAGGGUGACUAUGAAGUUACGCAUAUUGCAGACAAGGAGAACAAAAUUGUGAAACACUUGACACAAGCUUCAGGUGAUUGUGGUGGGGAUUAUAUCGUUCUGAGCUACUCCAGUGGCACUGGCAUUGGCACACUGUUGGGCAUGUUUCUAACUCCCAAGAAGGUGGCUGAAAAGAUUGACCCAUGGCUCGAUCAGUAUCUGAGACAGUUCUCCAGUGACCACAGCAGUGCAUGUUUUGGGGUGAUUGCCAUGGACUUUCCUGGUAUCGACCUCAUUCAAACAGUCAUUAAGAUCAAUGGUUGGUGAAGUGUUCACCCAUGGAAGUCAUAAUUAUAUUGCUGUCUGAAAUGUUAGUUGACACCAUUAGAUUAAGUCCAGCAACAACACAUGACACAUACUAUACUUGAUUGUGCUCAUAUUGAAAAGGAGUGAGAUAGAAGACUAUGACAAAGUAAAGAAUUUAGUGAUUGUAACGUAGUAUUGGCAUGAGCUCUUAAACAACAAUAAUGAAGAAUUGGCACUACACGUCUUUGUACUUUGCCCCUGCUUGCUGUAUUAAAAACAAAGAAAAUCAUUAAAAUGGCAAAGAACAAC